CAUGGUCAGUAUUGUAGCGAAUCUCUGCCUACAUAGAGCAAAAUAUAAUUUCUCUCCAUACAAGUAAAUAAAAUGGGAGAAUUUUACAUAUUUCUGCAAAAAGUGACUUCGUUUAUAGUUGCAUUUAUAAAAUGGGUAGAACUAAGCAUUUUACAAGCGAUCCCAUCCCACGUUGAAAAAUGGUUGGCUGAUUCGUACAGAAAUCGGAUGGGUGUUGAAUUUUUCGGGAAAGGAGUUAGUAUUAAAAGUCAGAAUCAUUCUGAAAAUCAAAACGAUAAGAAUGGGAAUAAUGCAAAAAGUGACAAAUCAUGUGAUUUGGAGAUUCACAAUCCCCAAUUUUUCAGUCGAAUUGCAAAUCAGGGGUCGUUAGGGAUUGGCGAAGCGUACAUAGACGAAUGGUGGGAUUGCGAUAACAUUUCCGAACUUAGUUAUCGUAUCUUCAAAAGUCGAAUCUUUCUGGAAUACUUGAAUCCAAUCAACAGAUUUUUCAACUAUGUACAACUCUCGUUUUUUAAUUUACAAUCUAAAACCAGGAGUUGGGAAGUAGCGGAAAAGCAUUACAAUAUAGGUAACGACCUAUUUGAAUGUUUCCUCGACCCGUCGAUGAACUACAGUUGUGGACUUUGGGCAAAUGCACGAAAUUUGGAAGAAGCACAGAUCAAUAAAAUGGAGCUUAUUGCACAAAAACUAAAACUUUCCCCUGGUAUGAAAGUUCUCGAUAUCGGUUGUGGUUGGGGUGGUCUGUGCAAAUAUCUCACCGAAAAACAUGGCGUCGAAUGUGUCGGGAUCACCAUCUCGGAGGAAGGCAUGAAAUAUGGGGAGGCAAGUUGUGCUGGAUUAAAGGUGGAUUUCCGCCUCAUGGAUUAUCGUGACCUGAAUGAAACAUUCGACCGAAUUUUAAGCGUGGGGAUGGUGGAACACGUUGGUCGACAUAAUUACAGGACUUUCUUUGAGGUUGUUCAUCGAUGCUUGAAAGAAGAUGGCAUAUUCCUUUUACACACGAUCGGCAAUAAUGAUCCUGAUCUGCCUGGAAUCGAACCGUUCUUUCACAAGUAUAUAUUCCCCAAUGGAUAUAUUCCCUAUUACCAGGAUAUUACCAACUUUAGCGAAGGUCUCUACGUGAUUGAGGACUGGCAUAAUUUUGGGCACGACUACAGCAAGACAUUACUUGCAUGGAACGAGAAUUUUAAGAAAAACUGGCCCAAAAUUGAGCACAGAUAUGGGAAACGAUUUUAUCGACUGUGGACUUACUAUCUUCAAUCCGCGGCAGGCGUGUUCCGCUCCCGCAAAUUCCAGUUAUGGCAAAUUGUCAUGUCCAAGAACGGGAUUGAAGGAGGAUAUCGCUCUGUACGUUAAAUGGUCUCCAUCGUGUAGGAAAGAAAUUAGGGUCAUUUAAAUCACUUUUUAACGUUAAUAUAUAUAUAAAUUUUUAUUGUACGCUUUUGAAAAAUAUACGAAUUAUACAGGGGUGGGACAGAAGAAGGAGCCACUAGAAUUUUAGGGGUGGCGUGUGAUGCACAGUCGCGGCAUUUUCAAAAUUUGCAUAUGUCAUACCCAGAUAGUUAACGAAAAUUUAGCACUAUUCAGAUUUUCCCUACGGUUAAAAAUGCCCCUACAGCACCCCCCAGAGUGCGAGGCACGCAUAAAAGUGUUUUCCAACGACAUAUUGAGCCAGAGAGCGAUUGUUAGAAAAUUUGCUGCAAAUGGAUUUAUCGUCGAUCGAAAGUACGUUUCUAAUGUACUUAAAAACGUUGGAAUCAAGCGAAGGGAAAAAGCGGUUAGAGCUCCACCCCCACGGAAAGGAUACCCAAGAUCCGCUUGAACCAAAAAGUUUAUCCGGAAAAUCAAUUUUUCGCCAAAACGGUAAAUCCACCAACUAAUAGUUGCAUGGCGAAAAUGUUAAACGUUAGUAGGAGAACAUUUCUAGAGUCAUUCACAAUGACCUACAGCAAGUGACUCGUAGGAAAUCCUGAGAUCAUGCUCUCAACCCAACUUAUUUCUCACAAAAUAGCAGCCUACGCGAACGAUUUUUAAAAAAGUUUGGGUAUAACAAUUAUUCCUACUAUAUAAACUCUCGUUAGUUCCUCUGAUAUCAAUCCGAUGUUUUUUUUUGGAUUCGGGUACUUAAAACGGAGCCUUCUUGAAAGGAAAACGCGCACGUUUUGAUGCACUUUGGAAAAGUGUUCAGGACGAGUGGUGCAGAAUCACUCUGAAAAUGGUGUCAAAGGUCAUGACUGGUUGGAAAAAGCGACUGAGGCUCGUUAGAUAAACUAAAGGGCUUCACACUGAACCAAUUACCAAACUUCACAAACGAAUAAUAAGGCCGCAAUAAAUUUAGGCAAAGUGGCUCCUUCUUCUGUCCCACCCCUCUGUAGACCUAUGCAUUCGUAUGUGCGCAUUUAUAAUUAAAAAUAUAAUUCCAAAAGGUUUAUAAAACCACAAGCGACGCUUUUUAAUGACUCUAAGGGAACGUUCAUAAAAUACUUAACGCUGUCGAGAGGGAGGGAAGUGUCGGGGUCAAUUUAAGCCAAUUUCUGAUAAGAAAGGGAUGUGACAGGAAGUGUAUUUUAUGAAUGUUACCUAAUGUGCAACUCAAAUAUGUCAACGGUUAAAAAUAGUAAUAGCAAAUUUGAUUAUUUUAUUUUAUUUUUAUACAAAUUUUGACUAAGGACAACUUAUUUACGGUGAUACGCAUAAUUAUUACUGUAAAAAAAUCCAGUAUUUCCUACUUAAACGCUAAUAUACAUCAAGGCAAAAAUUGUAUUAUCAAUAUAAACUCUCCCAUAAAGACGAAGGGUUGGCCUCUGCAAAUUAAACAAUCUGUGGUCCAACAGCCCUGCAUAAAUGGUGAGAGGCCUCAAAGCCAGCACUGUCCUUGCCAAAGACGGUCUAACUCGUCGAACGGACUUGUAAGCCAAAUACUUUCGCUUUAACAACUUUCCCGUCUCUUCAUACGCCUCUACGGCCAAGGGGACUGUGAACAUUACAAAAAUCGGGAUUGCCACAGCUAUCAAGACAAAAUUGGCGUAAAGCAAUGGUGACAAUUGUGACGACAGCUUCAAUGCGACAAUAUUCGCCAUUAUUCCGGCCACCAAGCAUAAACCUAACGAACCAAGCACUGCGAAUUGAAGCUGGUUCGUUAAAGAGAAAUAAGUAAUAAUAUACUGGGUGUAGAAGUCCAGAAACAUGCGUGGGGCACAGAGUAUGUCAACCAAUUGUACAAAAUCUAUCGCAAAUCGGCAUAGCGUCAAAGCAAAGAAUAAAACCAACCAGCAAGCACGAUACAAUUCUCGUGUGCAGAUGAAUGAUGUGCAAAAUCGGAUGAUCAGUAGUACAAUUCGUAUUGAUAUUGAUAAAUUGCUGCUGGAAAGAGUUGCCUGAAGUAGAGAGCCUAAAGGAUCAACGUCAAGAAGUAGUCCGCAAAAUGGGACGAAGAUGGGACAGUAGACUCCGAUAUGGGCAAUGUAUUUUAAUGCAAUGGCGAAAUAGUCGUAUCCAUUGUUCUUGCCUGAGGAACGAGCCACUAGGGAAAAAAUAUGUACGCCCAAACUUAUUUAUAUCCCAAACUUUUAUAGCAUUAUAUUUUUAAUGCAACUUACACUUGCGCAGGAUUUUUUCAAUUCUUAAACAUUCCUCCAUGGACAAAGCUAUAACUGUUCUAUAGACGUACAUCUGCAGAUGGAUGGCUACGAGGGCCACACAUGACCCCCCAACAGCUCCAAUUACUAAAAUUCUCCAGGUUUCUAUUUCCUCAAAUGUGUCAAAGUGCAACCAUUUUCCUCCACAAACCAGAAUAAAUGCAAAGCUUUGUAUACUUGCAAUUAGAACAGAUAGCCAAAAGAAUUUUAGGUUGUCAUAUUUGGGAAUGAAAUAUACGUGGUGGUCAUGACUAAACAUGAUGGGGUAGUUCGAGUACGGUUGAUAUUUCGAUAUAUAAACUUGUACAGAUUUCCAAAGCUGAAGAGUCGUCAUUAUUUUAUGGGUUCGACAAGCCACCUUAGAUUUGAAUCCGGUAGAUAAAACGAAACUGAAAAUCAUUCACUGAAAGUCGCCCUUUAAUAUGAAUCAUUGCAAUGAAGCACACAAUUAGACAGCCGAAAUUUUGAUCGUAAUGGGUAUGCACCCUGAAAUAAAUUAGUCGAAUUAUACUAAUUACAUACAUAACAACAGGAUAUGCCAUACUCAAGUUGUUAUAACAAUUGAUAAAUAUCGGAUAGAAAAUUUUCAUAGUUUGUUAUCUCUACAUACAUAUGUACUGACAUGUGCAUUUAUGUACAUAUAAUUGUACACACAUGCAUACUUAUUACAUGCAAAUGUUACUAUUUUAUUAAGUAUGGUUUUGCAUGGUUAAUUAAUUUGUCUGAGUACAAUUAAUGGUCAAAACAAACAGCCCAGAAAGAUAAGAAUGCUUUUAAUGAACUACAAAUAUCCUUGCUGUUUUCUAAAUUAAAGUUUUGAAAUUUUAA